UAGAAAAAUAACUCUAAAUGAAUUAUUUAAAAGAUUCGUAUACAUCAGACUCAGGGGACAUUGUUUUUGUAGCAACAAAAUCAGAAUUUGAUGCAUCAUAACAAAAAAUAGCUUACUUAGAAAAAGUUUUGAAAGUAUAUAAUAAUAUGAAAUAAUCAAAAAGGAAUUAGAAUCUAACAACUAAACAUUAAAGAAGAAUAAUAUAUAAAAAGAUAAAGAUUACUAAUUAUUAAUUGAAGAUCUUGAUAAACUUAGUAAUUUAUAUUAGUAUUCUAGGAAAAAUAAUUCAAGAAAAAUUUACAUAAAGAGAAACAUUUAAGCUUCAAAAAUAAUUUAAAAAUAUGGAAGAAAAAAUAUUAGAAUAGGAGAGAUAGAUUAAGUUAUUAAAUGAAUAAAAUAAGAUUCUUAGUGAUGAAAAUUUACAAUUAUAGAAUCUAAAAAAUGAUCUUUUAAAUAAAAAUUCUGAAAUUGCUGAAGAAAAAGAGAACUUUUUUGUAAAUUUAAUAUUUCUAUUAUAGAAAUCUUAUUGUUCUAACAAGAGUUAAUUAUAAGAAUUGGGUUAACAAAAAAUCAUAUAUGAAGAUGAAUUAAAUAAAUAUAAAAAAUAAAUUUAAAGAUUGGAAGAAGAAAAUGAAACACUUAAAUAAGAAAAAAGUAACAAAUUAUUAAAUAAUUUAAAAUAGUUGAGUAAGAACAAUAAAUACUGUAAUAGAGACGAUUGUCUUUUUAAUAUUAAAUAGAAGCUGAAAAGAAAUAAGAGAUAUUAAAGUAAAAUUAAUUAAUUAAAGACUAACCUAAUUAAGAUGAAUGUAAAAGAAAAAUAAAUUAAAGUUUAAUAAGUAAAAAAAGAAUUUUAUCAUUUUAGCAAUUCAAGAAGAAAUUAUUGGCAGAAUUUAGACUAUAGAAAAAGAAUUGAAAAAUAAUUAAAAUAAAAAAACCUUAGAGAGAGAGGGAAUAGUUCGAAUUUUAAACCAAUACUUUAAUUUUUAUUUAAGAUUACCAUUAGAAAAACAUGAUAUUACAUUUAAACAUGACUUUAGAGAUAAUUAAAUUGCUGAUUGA